AUGGCUAUCAAGACUUUGCAGUAUGGCCAGCAGCUUGGAAAUUCGCUCAAGGCGUCGAGUACUUCCUCAACAGCUGGCUUACGGGCUGCGAAGAGGAGCGUCUCGACCUUGGCCAACUUUCAGAUUCCGACGAUUAACAAUGAGCCAAACAAACACUACGAGAAAGGCUCCGCCGACCGAGAAAAGCUCUCCGCCGCCGUGAAAGCUUUCCGAAGCAAAGCACCGCUGCAAGUCCCCAUCGUCGUCGGCGGCAAGGAGAUCAAGACCUCCAAGAUCUCCGAACAACCCAUGCCAAUGUCCCACAAGGACUCGAUAGCCUCGUGGUCGAACGCCUCCUCCCAAGACGUCCAGAACGCCAUCGAUUCGGCCCUCAAAGCGAAGAGCUCGUGGGAGAAUCUCCCGUUCGCAGAUCGAGCGGCGGUGUUCUUGAAAGCGGCGGAUCUGAUCAGCACGAAGUAUCGAUAUGAGAUUAUGGCGGCGACGAUGUUGGGGCAGGGCAAGAAUGCGUGGCAGGUGGAGAUUGAUGCGGCGGCGGAGACGGUGGAUUUCCUACGGUUUAACGUCAAGUACGCGGAGGAGGUGUACAGCAGUCAGCCUGUCCACAACAGCCCUGGGGUCUGGAACAGAGUCGAGUACAGACCGUUGGAGGGAUUCGUGUAUGCGAUCACGCCCUUCAACUUUACGGCCAUUGCGGCCAAUCUGCCUGCGGCUCCAGCGUUGAUGGGCAAUGUGGUUGUUUGGAAGCCUUCGCCCUCUGCGAUCGCCUCGAACUGGCUGGUAUACAACAUUCUCCUGGAAGCUGGUCUGCCGAGGGACGUGAUCCAGUUCGUACCUGGAGAUGCCGUUGAGGUUACGAAGGAAGUUCUUUCACACAAGCAGUUCGCCUGCCUCCACUACACCGGAUCUACUGCCGUGUUCCGUCAGUUGUAUGGACAAAUCGGUGCCGGCACUGCUGAAGGCAGAUACCAGAGCUACCCACGCAUUGUUGGUGAGACUGGUGGUAAGAACUUCCACUUGAUUCAUCGAUCCGCCGAUGUCCAGAACGCAGUCAUCAACACCAUCCGAGGAGCAUUCGAAUUCCAAGGACAGAAGUGCUCCGCAACCUCGCGAGCCUACUUCCCUGCCAGCCUCUGGGAACAAGCCAAACCACUCCUCAUCGAAGAGACCAAAAAACUAAAAAUCGGCUCCCCCGAACAAUUCGACAACUUCAUCGGCCCCGUCAUCCACCAACAAUCCUUCGACAAGCUCUCCAAAGCCAUCGACGCCUCCAACAAAGACUCCGACCUCGACCUCCUCGUCGGCGGCCAGUACGACGGCAGCGAGGGCUUCUUCGUCCACCCCACAAUCUACCAAACCAAAACCCCCACUCACCCCAACAUGUCCCAAGAAUUCUUCGGCCCCAUCCUGACCGUCUACGUCUACGACGACACCCAGAACCCCGACCAAGCCUUCACGGACAUCUGCAAGACCAUCGACACCACGACCGAAUACUCCCUCACCGGCGCCGUCUUCGCGCAAGAUCGAAACGUCCUGCGCUUCGCCGAGGAGGCUCUCCGCAACGCCGCGGGCAACUUCUACCUCAACUGCAAGUCCACCGGCGCCGUCGUGGGCCAGCAACCUUUCGGUGGAGCACGAGCCUCGGGAACGAACGAUAAAGCCGGUUCGGCGAACUUGCUGUCCAGGUUCGUGAGCAUGAGGGCUUUGAAGGAGGACUUUCUGGGGAGUCCGGAGGUGCUUUAUCCUUCGAACUAUGUGUAA